AUGGCGAAAAACGCGAAACCCGAAAACCAUACCUCAGACGAAGAAAUGCCGUCUGUCGAGGAAGAUCUCUAUAAGAUUCUAGGUGUUGCAUCCGAUGCAACCCCAGAAGCCAUUAAAACAGCAUACAAAAAAAGCGCACUGAGAAACCAUCCCGACAAAGUUAGCGAAGAAUCCCGCGCAGACGCCAACGCAAAGUUCCAACGAAUCGCACUAGCAUACGGAGUACUCUCCGACGAGCGUCGACGAAAUGUGUACGACCGGACCGGUAGCACGGACGAAGCCUUCGGCGAAGAUGGCGAUUUCAACUGGAUGGAUUUCUACCGCGAACAGCUGUCAGCAAUGCUCGACUCGCGGGCAAUCUCAGAUUUCCAGAAGAAAUACCAAAACUCAGACGAGGAGAAAAAGGAUCUGCUUGCCGCGUAUGAGACGCACCAGGGAAAUAUGGAUGCCAUCUACGAUACCGUGAUGUUGUCUAAUGUACUAGACGACGAUGAACGGUUCCGGGGUAUUAUCGAUCAAGCCAUUGCAGAUGGGGAAGUGGAGGACUUCGAGCGAUAUUCUGAGGAACCCGAGAAGAAGAAACAGCAACGUGUGAAGAAAGCGCAGAAGGAGGCGCGGGAGGCAGAGAAGUUGGGAAAAGAGAUUGAGGAUAAGAAAAAGAAGAAAGCUGGGUCGGCAAAGAGCUCGAAGGCUGCAACUAAGGAGGAUGAUCUUCUGGCUAUUAUCACUAAGCGCCAGCAGGAUCGUGGCGCAGGUUUCCUCGCUCGUUUAGAGGAGAAGUAUGCGCAACCUGGGAAGAAGCGUGGUGUCGAUGAUGAGCCUUCUGAGGAAGCAUUUGCUGCUGUUGGGGCUCGGAAGGGGACAAAGCCUAAGUCGAAGAGGGCUAAGGCUUGA